GAGAAGUGAAUUUUUCUGUUUAAACGCGCAUUCCAGUAAAGCAAAUAAAUUGCCAUCUAUCUACAUACAUAUACGUAUUUACUCCCCCCUUUUUCAAUCCCGUUUGUCAUUAAUUCCUUUCCAAUCAUUUAUUAAUAGAAAUUAAUAAAUAAUAAAUAAAUAAUUCUCUUUUUCUUUUUUUUUAAAUUAUUUAUUCAAUAUAUUUUGCAGAAAUUAUUUGACCUUGAUUUAGUAUAUAUUUAAAUAAAUUAUUUAUUAAAAGAAUCUUUUAAUGUCUUUUCUUGGAAUUUUAAUUGUUACUAUAAUUUUUUCUUGGUUUUUUGUUUGGUUUUUACGAAAAUAUGAAAGAGUUAAAUGUCUUAUUGAUAAAAUACAAGGACCUACAGCUUUGCCGAUUAUUGGAAAUUUACAUCAAUUUAGAUUAAAUCCUGACGAAUUUUUUGAACAAGCUCAAGGUGUUGCUUAUAUGUUUAGAGAACAGAAAGGCCUUAGAAUGGUACGUAUUUGGUUAGGCCCUCUUCCGUUUGUAAUAAUAUUUGGUGCAGAAGAGAGUGAACCUAUUUUGAGUUCAAAUAAAGUUUUACAUAAAUUAUAUCAUUAUUCCUUUCUUUCGGCGUGGAUUGGGGAUGGACUUUUGAUAAGUAAACCAAAUAAAUGGAGACCUAGAAGGAAAUUAUUAACGCCUACAUUUCAUUAUGAUAUUCUUAAAGAUUUUAUGCCGAUAUUUAAUCGUCAUGCAAGAACUCUUUGCAGUAAAUUUGACAAAUUAAUUGGUUCUAAAGAUUUUAAUGACAUCUUUCACACAAUUAGUCUAUGUACAUUAGAUAUUAUUUGUGAAGCAGCUUUAGGUGUUAAUAUUGACGCUCAAAGAACUGAAACUGAUUAUUUAAAUGCUGUUUUUAAAAUUAAAAGAAUAAUUCAAGACAGAAUAAUCCGCCCUCAAUAUUACCUAGAAAUUCUUUUUAAUUUAUUUGGUGAUGGAAAAGAACAAAAAAGAUGUGUAAAGGCUUUACAUGAUUUUACAGGAAAUGCAAUUCUUGUAAGAAAACAAAUGAUGGACAAAGCUGGAGGAAUUCAAAAAAUGUUAGAAAAAAAAGCAGAAGAUGGGGGAGGGAUACGUUUAGCUUUAUUAGAUUUAAUGUUGGAUAUGCAUUCACGAAAUGAAAUUGAUUUGGAGGGAAUACAGGAAGAGGUUGAUACUUUUACUUUUGAAGGACAUGAUACUACAUCUGCUGCUUUAAAUUGGUUUGUUCAUUCAAUGGGGCAUAACCAAGCAAUACAAGCUAAAUUACAACAAGAACUGGAUGAAGUAUUAGGCCCUGAUCUAGACAGAGAUAUUGCAUUUGAUGAUUUUGCUGAAUUAAAAUAUGUUGAUGCUUGUCUUAAAGAGACACUUAGGUUAUAUCCAAGUGUUCCAUUAAUUGCUAGACAACUUACAGAAGAUGUAAAAAUAAAAGAUUUUACAUUACCUGCUGGAACUGGAGCAGUCAUUGUUGCCUCAAUGGUACACAGGGAUACAAAUUAUUGGGAAAAUCCUGAAAUAUUCAAUCCAGAACGUUUUGUGAAUGGAGAUUAUUUGAAACAUCCUUAUUGCUAUAUUCCUUUUAGUGCUGGAGCUCGUAAUUGUAUAGGUCAACGUUUUGCUUUAAUGGAAGAAAAAACCCUUGUUGCCAAUAUUUUUCGUCGUUUCAAUGUUUAUCCAAAAUUAAGAACAGACCAAAUGCGCGUUGCUUCAGAAUUAAUAAUUCGUCCAAUGUAUGGGAAUUAUGUAAAAUUAGAGAGAAGGAAAUUUGGAGAAUAUAUUGGGAAAAAAUAA